UUGCGCUCACCCAUGAAGGUGUACGCACAUAGACAAUAGAAACUAAUGUAAAUUGGAUGUAAGAAAUAAAUACCAGCUUAAUUCUUUUGGAAUGUUCUCAGCGGCACAAGAACAAAUACUUGUAGAAAGUCAAAAGACUCUGACUUAUCGUACUAAUGGAUCCGGGAGAGACGAGCUCUCCAUUGCGAUCCAGUCUAAAGCAUCACUGUCAUGGGUACUGCUGACAAUUUUUCGUCAGAAAAUACAUGAGCUAAGGGCCUGCAAAUUGUUUUGGAAUUAUGCUCUUGAUUCCUCUCGACUUCCUUAUCGAGCACAAGAGUCCAAAUAUGGUUUUUGACCUCCACAGUCCUCCUCGAUCCACCUUUUACGUGUUUUUUUUCACAAAGUCUCGCUUUGUACAGAUAUCGCUGUCACGGUACUGCUAACUCUUGAG